AUGAUGAUAAACUCCACACAUGAUGCAUAUUUCACUCUGGGUGCCUAUGUUGACACUGAGUCCUUUAAAUCCUUCUUUUUCCUGCUGAUUAUAUUUUUAUACAUGUUGAUUCUUUGCUCCAACCUCCUGCUGAUUGUGGUUAUCUGUGUGAACAGAAGCUUACAUGAACCUAUGUACAUGUUUCUGUGCAGCCUGUUUGUAAAUGAACUGUAUGGUAGUACAGGGUUGUUUCCAUUGCUGCUGCUUCAGAUCCUCUCUGACAUUCACACUGUCUCUGCUUCAGCUUGUUUCCUGCAGAUUUUCUGUGUGUACUCUUACGGCAGUGUCGAGUUCACGAACUUGGCCGUCAUGUCUUAUGACAGAUAUCUGGCUAUCUGUUAUCCUCUGCAGUAUAACACACGCAUGACAUCUGAUAAGGUGAUCAUGCUCAUUGCUGUGAUUUGGUUUCCUCCUUUUGUUGCUGUGUUUGUAACGACAGUGUUGAGUGCGUCUGUGCAGCUGUGUGGGAGCGUCAUCAAUAAAGUCUACUGUGACAACCACUCCAUCAUAAAGCUGGCUUGUUAUGACACCACAGUCAAUAAUGUCUAUGAACUCGUUGCUUGUUCUGUCACAGUCUGUGUUCCUGUGUCUGUGAUUCUUUACUCGUACAUCAGGAUCCUCAGAGUCUGUUUCUCUGGCUGUAAACAGACGAGACAGAAAGCCGUCAGCACCUGCACACCUCACCUCGCCUCUCUGCUCAACUUCUCCUUCGGGGUUUUCUUUGAAAUAUUACAGAGCAGGUUUGAUAUGAGCAGUGUGCCUGAUGUGUUAGGAAUAUUUUUAUCAUUACACUUCCUCACGUGCCAGCCGCUCCUCAGCCCCGUGAUGUACGGACUCAACAUGACCAAAAUUCGUGUCACGUGUAAAAAUCUUUUUAGAUUUUUCAGCGCGAUGAAGGACAGAUGA